UUCCCCAAGGCCGUCUGGAAACGUGAAUUCUGGGUAGUUGAUCCUCCCGCAGCCUGGGGCGGGGCGGUCUCAGGCACUUCCGCUCGGGUGGCCAGGUUGCUACAGGCUCUUCCGUCGCUGUGACACUACCAGGCACAGAUCUGCCUCAGCAGGACUCUAUUCCCAGAAUCUGUACAUCUCCAGAAGUAGCAAGAGAAAAUGACCACAUUCAAGGAGGCAGUGACGUUCAAGGACGUGGCUGUGGUCUUCACGGAGGAGGAGCUGGGGCUGCUGGACCCCGCCCAGAGGAAGCUGUACCGAGAAGUGAUGCUGGAGAACUUCGGGAACCUGGUCUCUGUGGGGCAUCAACCAUUCAAACGAGAUAUGGUCCAGUUGGUAAGGGAAGGAAAGUUUUGGAUGAUGAAGUUAGCAACCCAAGGAAAAGGCAAUUCGGGAGACAAAAUCCAACACAAGAUGGAGACUGUUCCUAAAGUGGAACCACAUGAAGAACUUUCCUGCUGGCAAAUCUGGCAGCAUAUUGCAGAUGACUUAACCUGGUGUCACGACUCCAUGAUAAAGAGUUCUCAAUUCCACAGACAAUGGGAUUUACUCAGCCACGUUGAGGCAGCACGGUCUAUAACCCACACAGGCCAGAAGACUUCCCUGGGAAAUGAGUGCAAAAAGAUCUUUAGUGAUACCUCCCACUGUGAUCUUCAACACAUAAACUCAGGGGAGAAGUCUCACACAUGUCGUGAGUGUGGGAAAUGCUUCUUUUAUAGCUCAGCGCUUCGUAUUCAUCAGAGAGUUCACCUGGGAGAGAAACGGUAUAGGUGUGAGGAGUGCGGUAAGGAAUUCAGUCAGAGCUCAUGCCUGCAAACUCAUCAGAAAAUCCACACCAUAGGGAAGCCAUUCAAAUGUGGGGAAUGUGGGAAAGGCUUCAGUCGUAGAUCAGAACUUAGUAAUCAUUGCAGGUUACACUCGGGAGAGAAACUUUAUAAGUGUGAGGGAUGUGGAAAGGCCUUCAUUAAUGCUUGCCAUCUUCAGGACCAUCAGAGAGUCCAUACCGGGGAGAAGCCAUUCAAGUGUGAUAUCUGUGGUAAGAACUUCCGUCGUAGAUCAGCACUUAAUAGUCAUUGUGUGGUCCACACGGGAGAAAAACCAUACAAGUGUGAGGAGUGUGGGAAGUCCUACACUUGGCGUUCACGUCUUCGUAUCCAUAAGAAGGUCCACAUGGGACAGAAACCAUACAAAUGUGAAGAAUGUGGAAAGAGCUUCUUUUCUAGGACACAUCUUUAUUAUCAUCGGAGGUUCCACACAGAGGAGAAACCUUAUAAUUGUAAGGAAUGUGGGAAGAGCUUCAGGUGGGUCUCACCUCUUUUGACACAUCAGCGAGUCCACAGUGGAGAAAAACCAUUCAAAUGUGAAGAAUGUGGGAAGGGAUUUGGUCAGAAAUCGUGCCUGCAAGCUCAUCAGAAAGUCCACACCAGAGAAAAGCCAUACAAAUGUGAGGAAUGUGGGAAGGGCUACAAGACGAGCUUGGAUCUUGAUGUGCACCAGGGUGUCCAUUUGGGAGAGAACCCAUACACCUGUAGGACAUGUGGUAAGCACUUCACUAGGACCUCAAAUCUUAAAGUUCAUCAGAGAGUCCACACUGGAGAGAAACCGUACAAAUGUAAUGUGUGUGGUAAGGUCUUCAGUCAAUCUGGACAUCUAAAAUCUCAUCAGAGAGUACACACAGGGGAGAAACCUUACAAGUGUGAGAUAUGCAGUAAGCAGUUCAGUUCAAGUUCGUAUGUUAAAAUUCAUCACAGAAUCCACGUUGAGGAUAAAUCUCAUUCUGUCUCAGAUCUGUGCAACUCUGUGCUCUGCACACUGCGAGAAGUAGGAGGACCCGUGACCAUGUUCAAGGAGGCGGUGACGUUCAAGGACGUGGCUGUGGUCUUCACGGAGGAGGAGCUGGGGCUGCUGGACCCCGCCCAGAAGAAGCUGUAUGGAGACGUGAUGCUGGAGAACUUCCGGAACCUGCUCUCUCUGGGAGGAAAGAUCCAAAAUAAAAUGAAGACUGUUUUAGAAACAGAACCACACAAAGAGCUUUCCUGCUGGGAGAUCUGGCAACAGAUUGCAAGUGACUUAACCCAGUGUGAAGGCUCCAUGAUAAAGAGUUCUCAGUUCCCCAAACAAGGUGAUUCACCUGGACAGGUUGGGGCCGGACUGUCUGAAACUCACACAGGUCAGAAACCUGAUCAGUGCAGUGAAUUUAAGAAAUAUUUCAGUGAUGUCUCCAACUUUGAUCUUCAUCAACAAGUACACUCAGGAGUGAAGUCUCACACAUGUCGUGAGUGUGGAAAAAGCUUCUGUUACAGUUCAGCACUUCAUAUUCAUCAGAGAGUUCACCUGGGAGAGAAACGCUAUAAGUGUGAUGAGUGUGGGAAGGAAUUCAGUCAGAGCUCAUGCCUGCAAACUCAUCAGAAAGUCCACACCGUAGAGAAGCCAUUCAAAUGUGAGCAGUGUGGGAAUGGCUUCUGUCGUAGGUCAGCACUUAAUGUUCAUUAUAAAUUGCACAUGGAAGAGAAACCUUAUCGUUGUGACCAAUGUGGAAGGGCCUUCAUUCAUGCUUCCCAUCUUCAGGAACAUCAGAGAAUCCACACCGGGGAGAAGCCCUUCAAAUGUGAUAAAUGUGGUAAGAAUUUUCGUCGUAGAUCGUCACUUAAUAGUCAUUGUAUGGUCCACACGGGAGAAAAACUGUACAAAUGUGAGGAGUGCGGGAAGUGUUUCUUCUGUAGCACAAAUCUUCACAUCCAUCAGAAGGGCCACACGCGAGAGAAACCUUAUAAAUGUGAGGAGUGUGGGAAGGGCUUCAUUCAGCCUUCUCAUUUUCGGGCCCAUCAGAGAAUCCAUACUGGUGAGAAACCAUAUGUAUGCAAAGUGUGUGGUAAAGGCUUCACUAUGAGUUCAAAUCUUCAGGCACAUCAGAGAGUCCACACAGGAGAGAAACCAUACAAAUGCAACGAGUGUGGAAAGAACUUCGGGACGAAAACCCGUUACCAGGUUCAUCUGGUGGUACACACGGGAGAGAGACCCUAUAAAUGUGAAGUAUGUGGGAAGGACUUCAGUCAGAGAGCAUAUCUUCAGUCCCAUCUGAAGACGCACAGUGUAGAGAAACCUUACAAGUGUGAGGAAUGCGGGCAGGGCUUCAAUCAGAGUUCCCGACUUCAGAUUCACCAGCUGAUCCACACCGGAGAGAAGCCACACAAAUGUGAAGAGUGUGGGAAGGGAUUCAAUCGUAGAGCAGAUCUCAAAAUUCACUGCAGAAUCCACACUGGAGAGAAACCAUUUAAUUGUGAGGAGUGUGGGAAAGUAUUCAGGCAGGCCGCGAAUCUUCUGGCACACCAGAGAAUCCACAGCGGAGAGAAACCUUUCAAGUGUGCAGAGUGCGGGAAGAGCUUUGGUCGCAGUUCACACCUGCAAGCCCAUCAGAAAGUGCACACUGGAGAAAAGCCAUACAAGUGUGAGGAGUGUGGGAAGGGCUUCAAGUGGAGCUUGAAUCUGGACAUGCAUCAGAGGGUCCACACAGGAGAGAAACCCUACAAGUGUGGGGAGUGUGGUAAGCACUUCAGUCAGGCCUCAAGUCUUAAGGUUCAUCAGAGUGUUCACAGUGAGGAGAAACCGUACAAAUGUGAUGUGUGCAGCAAGGUCUUCCGCCACUCUUCACAGCUACAGUCUCAUCAGAGAGUUCACACAGGGGAGACCCCUUACAAGUGUGAGACCUGUGGUCAGAGCUUCCGUUGGCGAUCCAAACUUUCACAUCAUCGCAAAACUCAUGGUGGCAGUACGGUUUAUGAAGGUAACAAGAGUGGUAAGAACAUGAAGGAAUUGUGUGUGGAAAGAAGUUCUCCAAAAUGACAUUGUGUGAAACCCUGAAUUCUUACCAUCAUCGAGUCUCAUAAGAGAGAAAAUACUUGUUUGGUUUAGUUGGUAUUGAAGCAAUAAUUGAACCUAUCUCGGUUUUCACCAGAUCACACAGUGGAGAACCCUUAAGUGGUGUGAUACGUCUUUGUUCAGAAGCACUUAGAUAGUACUUAGGAAUAGAUUUUGGUCUGGCCUUUAACACAAGUAUAAUGGUGUGCAUGCCAGAAUUCAUAUGCACUAGAAUGUAAGCUGCAUGAGGACAGGGACUUUGCUGCUAAAUAUACGUAGCCCUCAAAGCUGGAGGCAUCAUAAUUCUGGACUUCAAGUUAUAUUACAAAACUGUAACAAACAAAAUAGUAUUGUACUGGCACAAAAAUAGACACAUAGGUCACUACAACAGAAUAGAAAACCCAGAAAUGAACCCACAAAUACAUGGUCAGUUAAUCUACAACAAAGCAGGAAAGACUAUCCAAUGGGAAAAAUAGCGUUGGGAAGACUGGACAGCAACAUGCAAGAGAGUGAAAUUGGACUGCAUUAUUCCCCCAUACACAAAAAUAAAUCCAAAAUAGAUUAAAGACCUAAGUGUGAGACCUGAAACCAUAAAAAUCCUUGAACAAAGCAUAGGCAGUAAUUUCUCUGAUAUCAGCUGUAGCAACUUUUUUUUCUAGAUAGAUCUCCUGAGGUAAGAGAAACAAAAGCAAAAAUAAACUAUUGGAACUACAUCAAAAGAAAAAGGUGCACGGCAAAGGAAACCACAAAACUAAAAGGCAGCCUACUGAAUAGGAUAUUUGCAAAUGGUGCAUUCGAUGAGGAGUUACUAUCCAAAAUAUAUGAAGAAAUUGUAAAACUCAACACCCCCUCCCCCAAAAAUCCAAUUACAAAAUGGGCAGAAGACCUGAUUAGACAUUUCUCCAAAAAGACAUCUAGAUGGCCAGCAGACACAUGAAAAGAUGCUCAACGUCUCUUCGCAGAGAAAUGCAAAUCAAAAUUACAAUGAGCUAUCACCUCACACCUGUCAGCAUGGCUAAACUCAAGAACAAAAACAACAGGUGUUGGCAAGGAUGUGGAGAAAGGGGAACCCUCCUGCACUGUUGACAAGAAUGCAAACUGGUGCAGCCACUGUUAAAAACAGUAUAGAGGUACCUCAGAAAAUUAAAAAUAGAACUGCCCUAUGGUCCAACAAUUGCACUAUUAGGAAUUUACCCAAAGAAUACGAAAACACUAAUUUAAAGGGAUACAUGCACUCCGAUGUUUAUAGCAGCAUUGUUUACAAUAGCCAAAAUAUGGAAAGAACCCAAGUGUUCAUAAGUUGAUAACUGGCUAAGGAAGAUGUGGUAUGUGUAUAUAUAUAUACGAUGGAAUAUUACUCAGCCAUAGAAAAGAAUGAAAUCUUGACAUUGGCAAUGAUGUAGAUGGAUCUAAAGGGUAUAUUGCUAAGUGAAGUAAGUCAAAGACAAAUAUGUAAUUACACUCCUAUGCGGAAUUGAAGAAACAAGAAACCAGCAAAGGGCAAAGGAGAGGCAAACCAAGAAACACUCUUAACUAUAGAGAACAAACUGAUGGUUAUCAGAAGGGAGGUGGGUGGGGGGAUGGUUUAAAUAGUUGAUGGUGAUUAAGGAGUGCACUUGUGAUGAGCAUCGGGUGAUAUGUGGAAUUUCUGAAGCACUAUAUUGUACACCUGAAACUAAUACACUGUAUGUUAACUAACUGGAAUUUAAAUAAAAACUUUACAAAAAAAAAAAAAAGUCUGCACAGCCUUAAUAUUGACUAGCCCUUGUAGGUGUGCUCUCCACCUGUAUGUUAAAUAAACAACAUAUGAAAAUUGUAUCCAGAGGAGGAAACCUGCAAAGUAAAUUUCAGUACAAAGCAGUACAUUUGUUGAACUGUAGAAAACCACUGGAUAUUACAAUUCACAACGUUAAUGUUACUCCUCUACUAAAAAUGGCUCCUCUCCACCCACAGCCUCUGUUCUCAAGUUGGGUUCUUAUCUGGGGCCCUGUGUACUUUUCCAAGCAUUGUAUACAGUUAUGUUGAACUGUCUUUUGUCAUUUUUCUGACACUACAGACUGAGAAAGUUUUGUUUUGUUUGCAAGGACUUAACUACAUUUCACACAGCUGCUUUUAUCUAUCAAUGUUAAGGCAAGAAUUUACUGUAACACUUUGAAAAUGUCACAAUUAAUUACCAAUAACAAUUUUCUUAACUGA